GAGUGCGUCCUGGGGUGUUUUUUCUUGUGUUGGGCCUGUGUGUUGGAGAUAACAUGGCGGAUAGUCCGGACAACCAUAUUUCUCCCUCACAUAUGAUUUGUAUUUGGGAAGACCGAAUUAUACAAACUGUUGAAUUUUGGGGAGCCUACUGGGCGCCCAUUUGAUAUCUGAGCAACGUCCGACUUCGAAGACGACUUUAAUCAUUUGUUCGAUUCAUUUAUAUAUGCAUUAUAGCCCGUAGCAACACAUAGACGACUUUGUUGUGGAGGAGAAAACCAUGCAUAUGCAUACUACUCGUGGAUGAGAAAACCAUAUGCAUGCAUGAAUUUGUUGGUGUGGAGGUGAAAAGCGUACGUAUGCAUGGAACUGCUCAAAAAGAAAAGAAAAGAGAAGGAAAAAGUUAAAAGAGAGUCCCGUGGUGAUGCAUGGAUUUGUGAGGCUGAGGACCCUCUUCCAUGGAGGCGAUGCGCGCGCGACGAGUGCGGGCCUCCGCUUCCACACCCCAUAAAUAUUACCUGCCUCGGAUCCAUCCUUCACAGAAGGAGGUACUCCCUUGUGUUAGAUCCAAGAAGCAACCACAAACAAGAAUCAACAACAAGAGAGGAGGAGGAAGAAGAAGAGAUCGAAGAUGGCCGACGGCGAGGACAUCCAGCCGCUGGUGUGCGACAACGGGACAGGUAUGGUGAAGGCCGGGUUCGCCGGCGACGACGCGCCCCGGGCGGUGUUCCCCAGCAUCGUGGGGCGGCCGCGGCACACGGGGGUCAUGGUGGGCAUGGGGCAGAAGGACGCGUACGUGGGCGACGAGGCGCAGUCCAAGCGUGGUAUCCUCACCCUCAAGUACCCCAUCGAGCACGGCAUCGUCUCCAACUGGGACGACAUGGAGAAGAUCUGGCAUCACACCUUCUACAACGAGCUCCGCGUGGCCCCCGAGGAGCACCCCGUCCUGCUCACCGAGGCGCCCCUCAACCCCAAGGCCAACCGUGAGAAGAUGACCCAGAUCAUGUUCGAGACCUUCAACACCCCCGCCAUGUACGUCGCCAUCCAGGCCGUGCUCUCCCUCUACGCCUCCGGGCGAACCACCGGUAUCGUGCUCGACUCCGGUGACGGUGUGAGCCACACGGUGCCCAUCUACGAGGGGUACGCGCUGCCCCACGCCAUCCUCCGUCUCGACCUCGCCGGACGCGACCUCACCGACCACCUCAUGAAGAUCCUCACGGAGCGCGGCUACUCCUUCACCACCACGGCGGAGCGCGAAAUCGUCCGCGACAUGAAGGAGAAGCUCUCCUACAUCGCCCUCGACUACGACCAGGAGAUGGAGACCUCCAAGACCAGCUCCUCCGUGGAGAAGAGCUACGAGCUGCCCGACGGCCAGGUCAUCACCAUCGGCGCCGAGCGCUUCCGCUGCCCGGAGGUGCUCUUUCAGCCAUCCUUCAUCGGGAUGGAAGCCGCGGGGAUCCACGAGACCACCUACAACUCCAUCAUGAAGUGCGACGUGGACAUCAGGAAGGACCUCUACGGCAACAUCGUCCUCAGUGGUGGCACCACCAUGUUCACCGGCAUCGCCGACAGGAUGAGCAAGGAGAUCACCGCCCUCGCGCCCAGCUCCAUGAAGAUCAAGGUCGUCGCCCCGCCCGAGAGGAAGUACAGUGUGUGGAUCGGAGGCUCCAUCCUCGCCUCCCUCAGCACCUUCCAGCAGAUGUGGAUCGCCAAGGCCGAGUACGACGAAUCCGGACCAUCCAUCGUCCACCGGAAAUGCUUCUAGAUACUCAUGCAUAUAUCCACCCCAUUCCAUCGUCAUUAUCUUAUCUUAUCAUCAUCACCAAACAAAACAAAAGUAAAGGCGCGCCGACGAUGCAUGGGAUCAUCACUACUACUGCUGCCGGGGCGCCCGUCCGAUCGCCAUCGAUGAUCCUUUUUUUCUUGUUUCCCUUUCUUUUUCUUUCUUGCCAAUCUUUCUACAUAAAUCAUGUUUUCUUUUCUCACUUCAAUUUUAUUUAAUUGGAGGAGAUGCUAUCUAUGCAUCCCAUUCCAUCGUCAUUUAAUUUGUGGAUGACGCGGUGGUGGUAUGUUUGAAUUCAAUCUAAUCCAAUGGCCGGCUAGCGGCCGAGAUGAUUACUAUUGAUUA